GCAAACACUCCCAGUCAACACUGGAGGCCCCACCCUUUGUGUUACCUACCGCCCGUCAAUCAAAAUAGAAACAAUCCUGACAGUUAUAACCUAUUUCUACGCGUAAACAAUCAAUUGUAUCUGCUGAUAAUGCCCGGUGGCUUGUGACUAUCAGAAGUCUCCGUUUCAAGACAAGUCACGUAAUGACGGCCCCAGAACAGCGGAUGAAAUCAGAGGACAUGGCUGCGUUGGACGGGGGCGGCAGUCAAAGCGACUUUCUGCAGCAGGAGCAAGAAAGGGGCAAUCAGGACACUCAGCCGUCACCCCUCGACCUGCUGGCAACCACCUGCACUACGGUUGGGUCACCGUCGUCAGAGGUGGACAGAGGUGGUGUAGCUGAUGUGACAUCAGAUCCAUCUACUCAGCUUACCGGAACUGAAAAAUGGGAGGUUUUAACCCCGACUACAGCAGCAAAAGAUGAAUCUGGAUUGAUACAAAUCCAAAAUGAAGGAAUAUUAACAUCGAACGGACAGUAUGUUCUUCCUCUCCAGAACUUACAGAGUCAGCCAAUCUUUGUGACGUCAGGAUCAGACGCCUCAUCUGCCAAUUCAGUGCCUAACAUUCAGUACCAAGUAAUUCCUCAGAUCCAAACAGCCGACGGACAGCUGAGCUUCUCCACUUCCGGCUUGGAAGGAUUGACUCUGUCUCAGAAUGCCACGGGGCAGAUUCAUAUCUUACCUGACGGUAGCCAGUCUCUCAGUGUAACAUCAGCUGCAAACAUCCUUAACAACAACAACCACCAGAACCUCAUAUCACAGGCUGGUAAUAUCCAGCAGCUCCAGGGGGUUUCCAUUGGCAGCUCCACCUUCAACAACCAGGUUGUUACAAACGUGCCUGUGGGUUUGCCUGGGAACAUCACUUUUGUUCCUAUUAACAGCGUGGACCUGGACUCCCUCGGCCUCUCUGGUGCUCAGACUAUAGCAACAGGGGUCACUGCUGAUGGCCAGCUAAUCAUGACGAGUCAGCCCGUCGAUGGCUCGGAGAGUGUGACUAAGACCGAUAAUCACCUUUCACAGACACUACCGGUCGAUGGCUCGAAUGCAAAUCAUGAGAUAUAUGUGCCAACGUCUUCCUCUCAGCUGCAAAUUCCAAUGAACCAAUCGGGUCUGCUGACACAAGACACUUCGUUGUCAUCCGUGGGUACAGAGCAGGCUGACUCAAGUUCUGGUCUGCAGGAGGGCUUCAUCCAACAGAACCAGGAGCAUAGCAUCCAGGUGUCUUCAGGUCAGUCCGUCAUCCAGCUGCAGCAGGUACCCAUCCAGACCACCAACGGGCAGGUGGUCCACUCCAUUCCAGCAGGCGGGCAGAACCUGCAAAACGUGCAGCUCAUCAACCCGGGAACAUUCAUCAUCCAAGCCCAGACGGUCACACCGUCGGGUCAGAUACAAUGGCAGACCUUUCAGGUGCAGGGAGUGCAGAACCUACAGAACCUGCAGCUGCCGACGACACCCCCCCAGCAGAUAACCCUGGCUCCAGUCCAGACGCUAUCACUGGGUUCCAAUCCAGUCAGCAUCAGCACGGGGCAGAUGCCCAACCUGCAGACCGUGACGGUCAACACAAUGACCCAACAUGAAGAAGACCUGGACCACCCAGGAGAGAUUCGGAUAAAAGAAGAGCCAGACUCUGGAGACUGGCAGCUAAGCACCGACUCCACCCUGAACACCAACGACUUGUCCCACCUUCGCGUCCAGAUGGUGGAGGAGGACGAUCAGUUGGGUCAGGAGGGCAAGAGGCUGCGCAGGGUGGCGUGUACUUGCCCCAACUGCAAGGAGUCGAGUGGGAGAGGGUCCAGCACUGGGAAGAAGAAGCAGCACAUCUGCCACAUUGCUGGCUGUGAGAAAGUGUACGGGAAGACAUCGCACCUGCGAGCACACCUGCGCUGGCAUUCAGGGGAGCGACCUUUUGUCUGCAGCUGGGUGUUCUGCGGGAAAAGGUUCACACGCAGUGACGAGCUGCAGAGACAUCGGAGAACACACACAGGAGAGAAAAAGUUUGUCUGCCCCGAAUGUUCGAAGCGUUUCAUGCGGAGCGACCACCUGGCAAAGCACAUUAAAACUCAUCAGAACAAAAAGGGCGCGAGCUCCGGCAGCGCCGUGGUGGCCUCGAUGGAAUCCGCGGGGUCCUCAGACAGUAUCAUCACCACGGCGGGCGGGACCACCCUCAUCCUCACCAACAUCCAGCAGGCCUCCGGCGACGCCCAGAACAUCCUGGCCAACGCAGAGAUGCCGCUCCAGCUCGUCGCCACGGUAGCGGCCAGCGAAGUCAUGGAGUGAUUUACACUCCGCGUAUGAACUUCUGUAACCCGUACUCAUACUUUACGCUCCUACCUGCAUUUUUAUUCAAGAUUUGGAGGAAGAAAAACAAUGACAUUCUAAAUAUAUAUUAAGUAUAUAUUUUAACUCAGAACUAGUCAGAUCAUGUCAAUACUCGGUUGUUACCAAGAAAAACUAGCAGAGGAGACUGAAAGAAGAAGAAGAGGAGGAGGGGGAAAAGAAAUUGCAGUAAACACACAAGGAAAUGCCUUAUUUUGUACAAUAUUGUGUCGUUGUAAAUGUAGGAUGUCAUUUUGUUUUUAACCUACUUAUUACUGUGUUUUCAGGAAAAAACUAUUGGUAAGUUGAGCAAUUUUCUCGUCGCUUUUAUUUUCAUGGUAUAUUCUUAUGAUGUCCUUGGUAUGCAAGAUUUGUACCAUCCUUUAAGCAAAGAUUUAAUCAAACAACAGAGCUACUUUUAAGUAAUGUUGAUGCUUAUGUCCAUACAAAUUUAUAUAAGUUGCGUGUUUUUAUUUUUUAUGAUAUGCAUUCUUAUUUCAGUUUCCUUCUUGCAUUCAGUCGUCUUGCAAACUAGCCAGCCAUCUUUCAAACAUUUGUUCAUACUUGCUACGUUUUGCAGGCGAAAAUCAAAACAAUCAAGUUUUUGUAUUGUAGUUCCAUAUACUGUUGAUACGAUGCACAUUAUUUGCUUAUUAAAUAUUUUGACUGAACCGCUAUUUAUAUUUAGGCUUAGACUUCGACAACAUAUUUGUGAUAUUAAAAGUCAAAAAUAUUUCAAAUGGCACCAUUACGUGUAACUUAAAUGUGUUUUUUGUAAGACCCUUUUUGGUGGACUUUUAAAAAAAAGAAACAUGCAUUAUGAUAUUGAGAUAUUGAAAAGCCAUUUUGGGAGGAAUUUGCCAAAUUUGACUACAAACUCAGGAUGACUUGUGACUGUGUGACAUGAUUAGAUUAAAUCACCUUUGUAGCUUCUCGGGCCGUGGUUGUGAUGUUGGGAAGAAAUGCGUUUUGAUGAUGGACGUUGGUCCAUCUGAGGGGAAUUAAGUUGUCACCAUGUUGCAAAUUCUCGUUGAAUUCUACCAAUUCCAUUUUUGCGAUGACUACGAACCCUGCUCAUAGAAAGCUUUGCAGGAUUCUCAUCAGUACCUUGCUCCAUCACACAGGUGGAACAAUGAAGUGCAUUACUGAAAGCGGUACUCUUUCUUUUUACAGUUCUAUUCCCAUCACUUCAUCUUGUUAAUCCUUUUGUAUAAAAACUAUUUGUGUACUAUCAAAGAAACUGUCCUUUAUAUUCAUUGUCAGUAAAUUUAAAAUGUUUGUCUUUUUAUUGAUACUUUUGCUUUUACUUCAUGUUGCACUUCCCUCUUCCACAUUGUUUUUUUUGUUUUGUCUCUGACCCCCGUCCCCCCGACAACUGUUGAAGUGUCAAUUUGAAUGCACACUGAUCAGUGAUUGACGGUGGCAUGUUGGAUUCCACUUUAGACACGUUGUCCCCAUUUAAACAGCAUAUUUAUGUUAUGUACUAAACUGUUUAGAUUUGUUCACUUUAAAAUCUUCUGUAUAAAUAUGUCAAUAUAACAUCAAUAUAAACCUUCUGUUACACUUGAA